UACAGUAUUUAUAUAAACGUUCGAAUUUCCUUAACAAUGUCGGAUGAGGAGUCUCAGGAGAAAAAAUAUGCAUACCUUUCCUCUAGCAAACAACAUGUGGUGUUUUUGGGCCCACCAACAGAUAGACCUGAUAUAGAAGGCUUUACAAGUGUUGCUGAUACGAAGAAAGAGUCAUUCUUUAAAAAAUUCAUUGCAUACACGAAGAAAAAUCCUUUCGUUUUGGCAGGUUUUGGUGUUUGUUUUUAUGCCUUCUUUCAAGGACUGAAAGCUACAAAAAGAAAGGACAAUGUUAUGAUAAAUAGAAUGAUGGGAUUAAGAGCAGCUUCUGGGGCAUUCAUCAUCACAGCAUUAUGUUUGGGAAACCUUUAUCAUGAAGGAAAACUGUUCCCUCAAUCAAAAAUAGAGGAAGAAAUUGAUAUGCAAAAGAGACUUGCCAAUGUGUACUUUAUGGCUAAAAAGCGUAAAAUGGAGGCUGAAAGUGGUGAGAACAUUCAAACUUAGGACAAGAAUAAAUGAAAUCUUGUUAUGUUUUAUAAAUGUAUCAAUAAAAUCUUUUUUUUGAAAAUACUUGUAUACUUACUGUUUCUUAAAUCUAAUUUGCCUAGCUCAUCUGAGCUGAAAAUCACUUGAGCUUUUCUAAAAAUAAAAAAUAAAACAAAAAAAAAA